AUGAACUGGCUCCGUGGGAGAGAAGUUGUGGAUCAUAACGACGGGAGCACUCCCCUCCCAAUUCUAUUGACGGCUCUCGACCCGGGCGUCCCUCGGCCAUCCUCAGCGGAGCUAGAGUGCGGCCCGGUGAGAUUCAUCAUCUCCAUCCCGCGACCUGCAACUCCUCCCCCCGUCGUCGUGAUGGCUCCUCUAGUGACGGCAGUGGCCCUAGUGAACCCUGCUACCAAUGAGAUCAAAGCACUUUUGGAGGCUAAGAAAGACUCCAGAAACAAGACGCAGGUAUCAUGGCAGAUAUCAGCGGAAAUUGCGGCCUUUAUCAAGACUUCGAGGGACCCGCCAAAAAGUCCGGUCUUUGUCUUGAGCCAACGUGGCAUUCAGUGA